CAGCUAUUGGACGUGUUGCCGUCUAGCGAUGCAGCAUCAAGCCACACUCCACGACACGCGAGUUCAACAUGAAGUUCGCAACUGCUUUUACCAUCUCGCAGGUCCCGUUGGCAUUUGGUCACUUUGAUCGUCUUUCUCAAUGGAAACCAGCUGGGCCGAACGAUCUUCGUGGACCAUGCCCGAUGAUGAACACUUUGGCCAACCAUGGCCUUCUCCCGCACGACGGCAGAAACCUCACUCGAGAGGUCGUCCACGCGGCAUUGUCUGAAGGACUCAACUUCGAGGCCAAACUGACAGACAUCAUGUUCGAUCAAGCACUGCCUGCCAACCCGCAGCCAAACGCUACAUGGUUCGAUCUUGGCCAACUUAAUCAACACAACGUCUUGGAGCACGAUGCUAGCCUGAGUCGCAAAGAUGCGUACUUCGGCAACAACCACAUCUUCGACCAAGACGUGUUCGACUUCACGAAGAAGUUCUGGACUGCUCCCGUCAUCGACCGCUACAUGUUGGCCAACAGCAAGAUUGCACGACAAGUGCAGUCAAGAUCGACCAACCCUACGUACAAAUUCACGGCUUCGGUUGAGAAUUUCAGCAUUGGCGAGCUGCUCGCUCCCGUGAUUGCGUUUGGCGAUCGUGUCAACGUGACAGUUGAUCGGGAUCUCGUGGUGUAUUUCUUUGAGAACGAAAGACUUCCAACGGAACUGGGAUGGAAGAGGCAGUCCGAAAGUGUUGGACUGAAAGAUAUCAUUCGCUUGUCAGGGAUCUUCUCGAACGCGACGACACUGCUGACGGAUUAGCUUGUUCUUGCAUGACCUUCUAGCACAUGCAUACAGCUGUUUGAGUUGCUGGAGCUCUGAACGGCGUAGUGGAGGGAAAAAGAAGACUGGGACCAUAUAUUUAUGUACGCUGCAUAGAUACUGUACAACGUUCGUUGAAC